AUGGACCACACUCAAGACACAACCCCGACUGCCGAGGGUCAUGGUCAACUAGGAAACAGCUACCAGAUCCCCGACCAACAGGCCGCAAACAACAUCAAAGUCCAGGACUACAUCGACAACACUGCCUUGGCAACGGACCUCCAUGCCAAUGAUGCCUCCAACAGCUCAGCGACUGCCGAUGGCGGCUCCUCGGCGAUUACUUCUCCGACCAACCUGUCAUCAUGGAGCGCAUCCUCAGAUCGACAACUAGGCCACGGAAGCGUACAAGACCCCGAAGACCGCGUCUUUCCUAUUCGUUCCGUCAUUAGCGUCGACCUAGCCGCCACACCACCAGUCAACGAUGACAUUCGCGCGCGUCGUAGAAUUUCUCUGUCCGAGGGUUAUGGGACUUCAGUAGGCGGAAGGUCGACCGCCGCGGCAGGCGCCGGGAAUACCGCGACUCCCACUCGUCCGCAUGCGUCGACCGUUCCGACUGCCAAAUCAGGCGCCAUCGACCGCCGCAUGAAUGCCAUGACAGGUUCCCUGUCCAGUGUCCAGGCCGAUGCCGAUAGAUAUGGAAAAGGACGACCUAUAGAAAUUGUCUUGGGCGAUUCGUCCGAGGAAGAAUCCGAUGGCGGCGUAGACGGCAGCGGAGACGGCGGUGACCUGGGUACGAUUGGGGCAUCUUCGUCUUCUGGCAGGGAGUCUCCUGACGCUCUUCCUGAAACUCAUUUUGCGCCUCGCUUCAAGCAUAUCGUGACCAAUGAGGGCCAUGCUGUGAUUACAGGUCGUGACGGGCAGCUACAACGGUGCGAAGAUGAACCAAUUCAUACGCCGGGCGCUGUACAGGGCUUCGGAUUAAUGGUUGUUAUCCAGGAAGAACGAGACGGCCGCUUCAUUGUGCGAUUCGUGAGCGAAAACUCCAAGAGAAUCAUUGGCUACACCCCGCAAGAGCUCUUCCGAAUGAACAACUUUCUCGACAUCUUCACUGAUGAACAGUCUGAGAAUCUACUGGACCAUAUCGAUUUCAUUAGGGAUGAGGACUCGGAUCCGGCCAUCAACGGCCCCGAGGUUUUUAGUCUCUCCAUCCGACUCCCCAAAGCCAAAACUUCCGUCAGGCUAUGGUGCGCAAUCCAUGUACACCCGUCAUGCCCGGAACUGACUAUCUGCGAGUUUGAACUCGACGACGACCACGAUUACCCUUUGCGACCUCCUGAGGAGGACUAUCCAGACAUUCCCGAAGAUACUUUACAAUCGAAUCCUACAACCGAAGAGCUCACUGAAAGCACAGCGAUUUCGAGCAAGCCAUUACGAGUCUUACGCAGUGCGCGUAGGCGAAGAGGCGAGGCAGGGGCAAUGCAAGUGUUUGAUAUUAUGAGCCAAGUACAGGAACAGCUGGCAAACGCUCCCAAUCUGGAAAAGUUUCUCAAGAUCUUGGUCGGCAUUGUUAAGGAGUUGACGGGCUUCCACCGGGUCAUGAUUUACCAGUUUGAUUCCUCGUUCAACGGCAAGGUCGUCACUGAGCUUGUCGAUCCGAUGCAAACAAGGGAUUUGUACAAGGGACUGCACUUCCCGGCCACGGACAUACCCAGCCAGGCGCGCGAGCUUUACAAGCUCAACAAGGUACGAUUACUGUACGAUCGAGAUGUCGAGAGCGCACGAAUCGUUUGCCGAACGCCCGAAGAUUUGGAGACCCCGUUGGACAUGACGCACUCUUACCUUCGUGCAAUGUCGCCAAUCCACUUGAAGUAUCUUGCUAACAUGGCAGUGCGCUCUUCCAUGUCCAUCUCGAUCAACGCCUUUGGCGACCUUUGGGGUCUGGUUUCGUGCCAUUCCUACGGGCCCAAGGGGAUGAGAGUCUCGUUUCCUAUACGAAAAAUGUGCCGGCUUAUUGGCGACACCGCCUCAAGAAACAUAGAGCGUUUAUCGUAUGCUUCUCGUCUUCAAGCCCGCAAGCUUAUCAACACAGUACCCACCGACAAGAACCCGUCAGGCUAUAUAAUCGCCUCUUCGGACGACUUGCUCAAGCUAUUCAAUGCCGAUUUCGGAAUGCUUUCGAUACGUGAAGAGACCAAAAUUUUGGGAAAGAUCGAGCAGUCACAGGAAGCACUGGCUAUGCUAGAGUAUCUGCGGCUGCGCAAGUUUUCUUCCGUGGUCACCUCGCAAGACAUCAAGAUCGACUUUCCCGAUCUUCGUUACCCACCAGGAUUUCAAGUCAUCGCCGGCCUUCUCUAUGUGCCCUUGAGCGUCGGUGGGAACGACUUUAUCGUCCUGUUUCGCAAGGGCCAGGUGAGGGAAGUGAAGUGGGCGGGUAACCCACACGAAAAAACAAUCCAAGCUGGUUCUGCCGCAUACCUGGAGCCCAGAAAGAGUUUCAAGGUCUGGUACGAGACGGUUAUUGGCAAAUCUCGCGAAUGGUCAGAGGAGGAAGUCGAAACCGCGGCAGUGCUUUGCUUGGUCUAUGGAAAGUUUAUCGAGGUUUGGAGGCAAAAGGAGGCAGCCCUGCGGAGCAGCCGUCUUACUCGUUUACUACUCGCAAACUCAGCACACGAAGUGCGCACGCCACUCAACGCCAUAAUCAACUACUUGGAGAUUGCACUAGAAGGUUCCCUCGAUCAGGAGACCAGGGACAAUCUUGCAAGGUCGCAUUCAGCCUCAAAGUCCUUGAUCUACGUUAUCAACGAUUUGCUCGAUCUGACCAAGACAGAAGAAGGGAAGGAUCUAAUCAAGGACGAGGUUUUCGAUCUGCUUGCGUGUAUACGUGAAGCUACGGAGCCUUUCCGGCAUGAUGCAAAGCGGAAGGGCAUCACGUACGAGGUCAUUGAGCACCCCGGGCUCCCUCGUUUCGUACAUGGAGACCAAAGACGAGUCCGACAGGCGGUCGCCAACGUCACAGCAAACGCCGUCAAACAUACGUCUGAAGGGUCUGUCAGGAUUGAGCUAUACGUGGCCGAAGUACAGGACAACCGAGCUCGCAUCGAUAUUGUGGUCCAGGACUCCGGCCAGGGCAUGAGCAACGCGCAGCUGGAUGCGCUUUUCAGAGAGCUUGAACAAGUUGACACGGACAUUGGAUCCGAAUCAUCUGACGACGACAAUUCGCAAAGCGGUAAAGCGCUUGGCCUGGGUCUUGCAGUUGUCGCAAGAAUUCUGCGAAACAUGGAUGGGCAGCUCCGGCUGAAGUCCGAGGUUGGGAAGGGAUCCAGAUUUGUGAUCCAAUUGCCCUUCGACCUUCCCGAGGAGGAAACAAGCCGAGAUACUGUGGGGGCUAGCAGUGGCAACACCGCGCAGCUAUCCCUCGGAUCUGGUACCGCCUCGGCCUCCGCUGCCUCUGUGACCCAUAUGCAGGACGGCGAAGUGAUGCUGGUCGACCGCAACAACGGCAGCUCAUGGUCUGUCAACAACGCGACUGGCUCGCUGGCGUCCAAGAAGAGCUAUGAUGACAGUCUAAGCAUCACAAGCAAAGGCAGCGGACGAAGCGCGCUCAGUGAUGCGGACAGGCUCAUUGACGCCAUCCAAAACCCUCUCACACUAGGCGAGCCCGAGCCAGAAAGCGUCGCUCGGCAAAGGAGGGACUCACGGGGUCCCUACUACAACCCAUCUUCCAGUCUUCUCGGAUCCUCCAAGGGGCGGUCGGUCAGUCCAGGGAGCCGAAAGCGACCAGAUGUUCCUACGCGGUCGCCAGCACCAGCAGCCCAAGGGGUGCAGUAUGUAACUGACAGUAGGGUUCCCAUCAAGCCGGUGAAGCUGCCAGACGAAAUGUUCGACAAGCCUGUGGUCCCACCGCAGAGCACGUCAAAGGUGCUCUUUGAAAUUAAGGAUGCCGUUGCGGAUAAGGCGAAAGCAGCAUCACCUGCUGUCAAGGAGCAACAGUCUGUGUCAUCACAACCGCCCGCCCCACCGCCCGCGCCCGCCAAAGAAGCCUCAACAAACAACAAGCUGCAAGUUCUGGUUGCCGAAGAUGACCCCAUCAACGUCAAGGUGCUGCGCAAGAGACUCGAGAAGGCUGGGUACAAAGUUACCCAUGCCUUGAACGGCGAGGAUUGCGCAGCAGUGUAUGAAGACAAGCCCGUGGUGUUUGACGUCGUCCUGAUGGAUAUGCAGAUGCCAAUCGUCGACGGUCUUACUAGUACCAAGAUGAUCCGCGCCUUUGAGAAAUCCAACCGGGACGGCAGCGGCCAACAGCUCUCCGACAUCGCCUCCGACCACGGCCGCGUCCCCAUAUUCGCUGUGAGCGCCUCCCUAGUCGAGCAAGAAAAGGACACGUACGUAGACGCCGGCUUCGACGGCUGGAUCCUCAAGCCCAUUGACUUUAAGCGCCUCGAGACCCUGCUGCAGGGCAUCACGGAUGAUCAAGUCAGGAAUGACGCGUUGUAUGUGCAGGGCCAGUGGGAGAGAGGUGGCUGGUUCGAAAAGAAAGGGAUGGGGAAUAUGGGGCAGGAACAGCAGGAAAAUCACGAGCAAUAACACAAGUAGAGGCAGGCGCAGAAGGAGCAAAAGGAACAAAAGGAACAAAAGCAGCAGCAGCGCAAAACUGUGGUAAAUGGUGGGCAACCUAAACCGGAGCCGAAGGAAAGUAUCGAUGCUCGAUGUUGUAACACGCCA